CGUGUCUUACUGUUGAUUCAACAUGCCAUCAACAUGCCGAUGCACAUGUCAGUCAGCCUCGCGCACAUGUCAUCUUCACUGGGCGAAUCCUCUACGCUUAGUACCGACGCUGAACGUAGGUGAAACGCGCACGAAGGGACCCAGCGCCGUUCCUUCCGAACAAGUUCCACUUGCACAUGUCUUGCCAAGCUGCAAAGAGUUCGAACAGCAAGGGCUCGCGUUUGCAGGGGUCGUUCAUGGAGCAGUCGCAGAUGACAUCACACGCGUCAGGUCAACUUCAAGAAACCUGACAAAAGGGCGUUCUACAAAAUAAAACCCUUUCUUCCUCUUGAUCGCAUUCUUCACGACAUCAUUCACGGAUCUGUCUACACCCACGCGUAUACCAUUCUCACGAUGACUGCCGCAAGCUUCUUCACUGCCCUCGCUGGCGUCAUCGCUGUCAUCAGCCUGGCUAUCUUCCUUUUCGGUAUCCCGCCUGAGCUUAAGCGCAAGAUGGAGCGCGCAGCUCUCAAGACCAUGGGCGAGAACAAGCUGUCCUACGUUGCCAAGGGCCAAAUCGACAAGAUCCCCACGUCCGACCAGACCGACCCUCUGCAGCUGAAGAAGGGCGUCAGCAACCUUGCCGGCGGUGCAGCACAGAACCCAAUUGGCGAAUUCACAGGCGAGGCUGCUGACAGCCUUACAAGCCCAUUCACAGGUCGCUAAUAUGCUUGCGUCUGUAGUGCGAACCGCAAGCAACGUAUAGGAUACCAUGCAGUUGAGCGCCAGCUCAGUACGAGACAUGGCGCAAGCGUACGCGAGCGGCGCACUGGAGAGUGUAAAAUCCUUCAAGGAGCAAUCCGAGAAGGCGGCUGAGAAGACGCAGCAGAAGGCAGAGGAGACGUAGCAACGAUGAUGUUCCACGAAUAACGACUGACGUAGCGCGGUGUUGGCGGAGACCCUUUUGUAUACCCAUAGCUCGACCUACCUAAAAUCACCAUGUAACCUGACUCUGAUCUCCAUAUAAGUA